AGUUGCUUUGUGGAAGUAGUCAAAGCAUUUAAAAUGCUUCAAUUCGAUUUGAAAAUCUAAAUCAAAAUUAGAACUAAAAGUUUCCAAUCUACUAAAGACACAAAAAUUGAAAGUUAUUCUACAUUAUGUCGACUACAUUAAAGCAAACCGAGGUGAAGGAGAUUCACAUGUUACUUCAUUGGAUCAAUCGUUUAUUGGCUCCUUUACGUGCCAUACAUUUCGAUGAACUGAAAGCUGGUGCCAUUUGGUGUCAAGUGUUGGGCAAACUGCGUCCUGGUCUUGUACCCAGAGGAGUGGUCAAACAUUGUACUAAAUCAUCAAAGGAUUGUCUACACAAUUUCAAUAUUCUAAAGGCAGGUUUCGAGAUGGGAUCACUCAAUUGGCAUUUUAAUCUCGACGACCUUGUGGCAGGUUAUACGCCAGAGUUGCUUAAAUUGGGUCGAUUUCUACGUACUUUGGAAAAGAAAACUGACAAGAAGAGAACAAUCCAGCCAGCAGAACAAUUGGUUGAUCCUUUGCAUAAUCGGAAAUUCCAGAAACUAAGGGAAAAACUUGUCCUAUCUGAGGUUUUUCGCGUAGUCGACGAUAUGAAUGAGUUGCCCUCAAAACCAGAUGACGCCCAAAAAGAUGCCAAUAAUGCCGAAAAAGUGAAAUUUGGGGGAAAUGGAAAUUCUGAAUGUCAAUGUGGCAAUUGUAAACUAGUAAGCUGGGACUUGAUCAAACAGAUUAUUGGGAAAGAUCAACACCAUAAAUUUGAAGUCAAUGUUUUGUUUAAAAGAGAAGCGGAAAAGUAAAUCUUUGAAAGCAAAGUUUCUGCGCUAAAGUCACAGUCA